GGGAGGGGGUGGGGUUUGUGCGGCAGAUGUCGCUGCAUGGCGGUGUCGCAGUACAGUCCAGAGGACAAUGACGCUCCCACAUUCUCUGAUUAUGGCUUUGCUGAGUGGAGGAGAGGUGCUGUGAGCUGUCACCAUGCUCCUGGCACUGUGGAAGGGUCUGCACUUCUCCUGGCUGUCAGUGCAAUCUGUGGGGCUGCUGUGCGCUGGGCUGCUGCUGCUGAAAGCCAUUUCCCUCCUCUACAGAUGGAAGAAGCUGCAAUCAGCUGUGAGGGACUUCCCGGGACCCCCCAGUCACUGGCUCUAUGGCCAUGUCAACCAGUUCCGCCGGGAUGGAAGGGAUUUGGAUCGGUUGAUGGUUUGGGUGAAGAAAUAUCCCAACGCCUUCCCUCUGUGGCUCGGAAAGUUUGUGACGAGUCUGGUCAUCACUCACCCGGAGUACGCCAAAGCCGUGUUUGGGCGAUCAGAUCCAAAAACACCAACCGGCUACAAUUUCCUGAUUCCAUGGAUCGGGAAGGGAUUGCUGGUCCUUUCGGGGAACACCUGGUUUCAGCACCGCCGGCUCAUUACUCCAGGCUUCCAUUAUGAUGUUCUGAAACCGUACGUCAAACUCAUCUCCGAAUCCACCAAUGUCAUGUUGGACAAAUGGGAUCCAUUGUGCAACAAGGAGGAAUCGGUGGAGCUUUUCCAGUACGUCAGUCUCAUGACCCUGGACAGCAUCAUGAAAUGUGCCUUCAGCUACACCAGCAACUGCCAGACUGACAACGAUAAUUCGUACACCGGCGCCGUGUACGACCUCGCCAGUCUGACGCAACAGCGAAUUCGGACCGUCCCCUAUCACAGCGACCUCAUUUACUACCUCAGCCCUCACGGCUUGCGUUUUCGCCGAGCCUGCCGGAUCGCCCAUCAGCACACCGACAAAGUUAUCGAACAGAGAAAAAAACUGCUGGAAAAAAACGAGGAGCUGGAGAGAAUCCGGCAGAAGAGACACCCCGACUUCCUGGACAUUCUUCUGUGUUCAAAGGAUGAGAACGGACAGGGUCUGUCCGAUGAGGACCUCCGAGCUGAAGUUGACACUUUCAUGUUUGAAGGACACGACACAACAGCCAGUGGCAUCUCCUGGAUCUUGUACUGUAUGGCCCAAUAUCCAGAACACCAGCAGAAGUGCCGGGAGGAGAUCCGGGAGGUCCUGGGGGACAGGAAGAUCAUGGGGUGGGAAGACCUCAGCAGACUUCCCUACACCACAAUGUGCAUUAAGGAAAGUCUCCGCCUUUAUCCACCCGUGCCCUCCGUGUCCAGGGAGCUUUCCAAACCAAUCACAUUCUUUGAUGGGCGAUCCUUACCAGCAGGUUCUAUCGUCAGUUUAAAUAUUUAUUGCAUUCAACGGAACCCGGCCGUGUGGGAGGACCCCGAGGAAUUCGAUCCUCUUCGGUUUUCCCAGGAGAAUUCUGCCAAGCGCCAUUCCCACGCCUUCGUUCCCUUUGCAGCCGGACCCAGGAAUUGCAUUGGACAGAACUUUGCCAUGAAUGAGAUGAAAGUAGCUGUGGCGCUGACCUUGAACCGAUUUGAGCUGUCGCCCGAUCUCUCCCAACCCCCCCUGAAACUGCCGCAGCUGGUCCUGCGCUCCAAGAACGGCAUUCACGUGUUCCUGCAGAGAGCCGAGUGACGGAGGAUUUAGCUGUCAGAUCCACACUGGAGAUUUCCUUUCAGUUUAUUUCCCUGUAAUGACACCCCAGCAAAGUACAAUAAAGAAAUCCUGUUGUUGGCUCUUC